AUGCUGAGUGACAUCGAUGCUUUGUACAGUCAACUCAUCAGAGCUGGUGCUGAGCCGGAUCCUUUGGAUUCCUUAGAGCUGGAGCCCUUGGAGCCCUUGGAGCCCUUGGAGCCCUUGCAGUUGGAACCGAUGCAGGAUCCCGUGCAAGAGCCGCUGGAGACAGAGAAGCCAGUGGAGAAGCCGCCAAGCUUGCCCGAAACUGAGCCGACGGCCCAAGUAAGCCAAAGGAACGAGUGCGAAGGCUUAGACUUGGGAGAUGGAGAAGAACUCCUCACAGCUAUUGGUCAGCUUUACUCGCAAAUGAUGCAAGACAGCGUCGCGAGGCCCGAAAUAGAUCCGGACACCACAAGCGAGUCGAAGGAGGUGAGCCACUCGAGCCCCAAACCGAACGAGUCCGACAAAACGCCGAGCUCGGAAGCUUCAAGCGAUGACGGCGAGUUGUCAAGCUUGCUGGAAGAAGUCCUGUGGAGCGCUCUUCUUCUAUCACGAGGAGGUUUACAGAUGUCGGAACUCCAGAAGUUGCUGUCCUUCAAUUUGCUGAACCGCCUCCCAAUCCCAAGCGAUGGGCCAAGUGCUGUGCCGCGGAGUCUGCGGCAGCGUCUAUCGACAGAACUACCAGAGCUGUAUGAGGCGCUCAGCACCAACAAGGAGAUUUCAUGCCAAGAAGCCUUGCCACUGCUUCGGAAGGCACGGGAUGAUUUGCUGAGUUCAUCAAUGGUCCGACCUCCAGCGGCUUCUGAUGCCCAAGCCAAGACCAAGCUCAGCCUGGCAGCAGAGCCUUGUGCCAAGCUCUUUGCCUUGGUGGAGUCCGACUUCACCCCCCUAUCCUUGUGCCAGGAUGCGAAGCCCUACCUUGACCAAAUUGCCUCUGACGACGUGUGCGAGGGAAAGUUGAAGGACUACGUCAUGCCCUUGAAGCAGAUCAUUUUCUUUCGACUCAUCAAGCAGCUCUCAGAGGUGUAUGUCAGCAUGACGAUCGAGGACUUCGAAAACGCUGCAUCGAUUGUGCCAUUCAACAUCGCUGAGACAUGGAUGGCGAACGCCUCUCGCCAGCAGGGCAUUAGCAUUCAGAUCAACUAUAUGCAGAAGGCAAUCAUCUUCGGUGCUCCAACGAAGGUGGACAUGAAGAGUAUGAGACAGCCACUCAUAGAGAUCGGCUACAAGCUGCAACAGGCUAUGCAGUGUGUGGCGCAGGAGGAACUGCAGAGAAAUGACAAGCAAGAGAAACAGCAAUUGCUUAGCAACAUCAAGGAGCUCAUGGACCAGGAGACCCGUUCCAUUCGCCAGCGCAAAGAGGAGAUCGAACGACGCAAGGAGGAGA